AAAAACACACGUGUUGUGCUUUUUAUCUUGGAUUGCCUAAAGAUAUGACAAGGAUCAGUGUGCUUCUGUAUCUGUCAGGAGCUCUCAAUUUUUGUCCAUCUUUGCUUUAUCAGCAUUAUGUUUAUGUGGCACAAUCUGUGACCUGGUCCCAAGCUCAGCUGCACUGCCGAACCUAUUACAAGGACCUCUUGACAGUAGAAAGCCAGAAACAACUGGACCUAAUUAAAAGUGUCUGUAAUGGUGCAUAUUUUUUCGGUGUAUGGAUAGGUUUAUAUCGCAAUACCAGCACUAACCUUUACCAGUGGUCCAAUGGAGCUCGUUUCAUGUACUCAAGAUGGAUUCCUGGACAGCCUGGGCAGGACAGAAACAUGUGCACUGCCAUGUCAUCACUGUGGCAAAACCUCCCCUGUGGCAAUACAUAUUAUUUUGUUUGUUUUCAAGCAAGCAACAACUCCUACUACACUGUGACACAAGGACUGACCUGGACAGCGGCUCGGAACUACUGCAAAGCAGAAGGAUGUGACCUUGUCAGCAUCAAGAGUGAAGCAGAGUACCAGAAGGUGAAAAGUAUCAUAGGAGGAUACACUGUCUGGAUAGGACUCUACUGGGAUUCUUCCAGUGGCCAGUGGCAGUGGGCAGAUGGAGCGUUUUCAUCGUACCAAUCAUGGAAUUCAAAUGAGCCAAGCCUCACUAAUUCAAUUAACGAAAAUGAGCUUUGUAUCCAUACAUAUGGAACUGGUUGCUGGAAUGAUGCUAGCUGCACACGAACGACUGUUUUUAUGUGCUAUCAAGACAUCACUGUGGACUUUUACCUGAUAAAGGAGAAAAAGACCUUUCUGGAAGCUGUGUUCUACUGCAGAAUGUACUAUACUGACAUUGUGAGUAUACCUUACAUUGAAACACAGCAACAGGUUGCAGGUAUAGCCAACAAUGCCAGUGGGGAUGGGGUGUGGAUUGGAUUACGCUGGCAUCAGAUUUCUGGUCAUUGGAUGUGGAUGAAUAAAGAUCCAGUUUCCUACACCAACUGGAAUACACAUUCAGUAGGCAAUCUGGCAUCAAGUCACUGUGGGGUGAUGAGAACAGACAAAAACUUUACUUGGAGUGAUGCUUGCUGCUCUGCAAGAUAUGAGUUUAUCUGCUACAAGCAGAAAACUUAAAAUAGUGCUUGUAUCACACUGAGAAAGUCUCUUGGUUUCCAGUGACAUGCAGUAUACAAUCUUUCAUGAUAAGAUUGUGAAUAGAGGUCUGGAAAUGAAAUUUUAACUAAACAGAUAUUAUUUAUGAAUUGGAAUCUGUGUAUGGUAUAUAGAUUUGGAAA